UCUUUCCCUUGUCUUACCCGUGUGUGUGAAAAUGGGGACAGGUCAGUCAAGACAAGUUCCAGUUCCCUCUAAGGGAACUCCAGCACACUAUAUGUACAUACAUUAUUCUCCCAAGGCUUGCAAGUACCUGGAUAAGUGGAACCAGUAUACUAGGGACGAUCCUGUAAAGCAAUUUCCACAGGAAGGAACAUUCGAUCACGAUAAAAUAGUGCACUUAAAAGGGGCUUUAAAGUCCCGUGGAUCCAAAAUACCACAAACCCAGUGGGACGCGCUCUUUUAUUGGUAUGAUGAAAUGUACAAAAGACGGACAGAAUCUCAAACUAGAAGUCUCAAAGACUCGCAAGAGAAAUUAAAACAGCAGUUAAAAACUGUCCAGGAGAAAUUGGCUACUCCCCCAAAUUGCACGCCGGCCACUGCUCCAAUGUAUCCAGCAUUACCUGGGACACCCCCACUGCCGGAACCAGCAGAAGACAUCCUUGACUUCUGUUCAAAUCCAGCUCUCCUGAGACUCCCCAAUCAGCAACAACAGGUUCAACAUCAGGCUGCAGCCCAGGUCCAAGAAGCCUUACCUCAACCACGGGAUGUUCCCUCUCACAACCUCGAACCAGGUGAUUGGGUCUAUGUAAAGGUCCAUCAGCGGAAAAACGCGCUUCAACCCAGAUGGAAAGGACUGUUCCAGGUGCUUCUGACCACUAACACUGUUGUUUGUUGCCCAGGUCACCAGACGUGGACUCACACCUCGCACUGUAAAAAGGUAUCACCUCCAUUGGACCCCGAAGCAGUUGAAUUCCAACCAAAGUUAAGACCUUUCCCUGAGGCCAAGGACAAAGACCCUCAGGACCUCACUCAGGCAAGUGAGGAGCAUUGGAGUGCAAGUGCUAGUAACCUCUCUCCUGAACCCAACACCUCAGCCCAGCCAAGUUUGCGGAUCAGAGAACAUAGAUACCAUCUUCAACCAUGGGCCACAUAGAAUUAUUUAAGACAG